AUGAAUCGGUAUUGGUGGGAUUCUGGAACUGACAGACGAAUACAUUGGAAGGCAUGGGACAAGUUGUGUGUCCCUAAGAAGUAUGGGGGUUUGGGGUUCAAGGAUCUGCGUGCGUUUAAUUUAGCAAUGCUGGGAAAACAGGCAUGGCGAAUGUUGACUAAACCUGAAUCUCUAGUGGCACGGGUGUAUAAGGCUCGUUAUUUCCCGAAAGGAACUUUCUUUGAUGCACAAAUGGGAAAUAAUCCCAGCUUCUGCUGGCGAAGCAUCAUGGCAGCAAAGAGUAUAGUUUGUGGUGGGGUCAGGCGCAUAAUUGGUAACGGGGAGACUACACUUAUAUGGACCCACCCCUGGUUACUGGAUGAGAAUGACCCUAUGACACAAACGGAAAUGUCAGUACAGUUGCAGGAAGCCAGAGUGGCAAGGUUGAUUGAUCAACACACGGGUACUUGGGAUCCCUCAAUCUUAACAGAUUUAUUUCAACCUGAUGAUGUGGCAAAUAUUAUGAGAAUACCCAUCUCCCCGGAUUAUGAUGAUGCCUGGUACUGGCAUGGGGACCCAAGAGGUGUGUACUCUGUUAAAAGUGGAUACAGGCUAGUAGUUGGGGACUAUCAACAAAAUAAUGAGACAUUUACUAAAUGGCUACCCUUAUGGAAACUCAAAAUCCCACCAAAAUGGAGAAUUUUUCUCUGGAGAGCUAUUAGUGAUAUAUUGCCUACCACUACAAACUUGCUUAUGAAGAGGGUGGAUGUGGACCCACGAUGUGCCAUGUGUGGAAUAUUUCAUGAGAACACAAUGCAUGCCUUAGUGUUGUGUGAUCUUGCAAAAAACAUUUGGGACAAAUCUAACCUUACAAUCCCCAAUAUAGUCACAAAUGUUUUUCAUGUUUGGUUUGGUGAACUUCUAAAAAUUCUAGACUCUGAUGGGAUGUUAUAUGCAGCAGCAAUUCUUUACAAUAUAUGGAGAGCAAGGAAUCGGGCGGUUUGGGAGGCGACGCUACCGCGCCCGGAGACUGUGCUAAAAGCCGCCGCUGCCGCCAAGCUAGCGUGGACACGGGCACAUCCACUGCCCAUGACCCGUGCCGCCCAGCUGCUACCCGAGCCGGCCCUGCUGCAGGAGGAUGCCGAACUGCAUGGCACCGAAGCCUAUGCUGCCGAACCGUCACAUGGACUGCCGAGGAGAAUUUGUCGAGUGGAUGGGGGUUUUAUGCAAGAAACAAGCCGUGCUGCGGUUGGGGCAGUCCUACUCGACACGGAUGGGGGUUAUGUCUCGGCGUACACCGCACCACUCCGGAAUUGCUCCUCACCACUUAUGGCUGAGGCGCUGGCAUGUAAAGAAGCUCUAUCGUGGUUGAAAGAUCGGGGAGAACAGAAUGUUGAGAUAUACACAGAUUGUUUGACACUGCACCGCUAUCUUACUACACCAACCGUUGGGUUGCGUACGUAUCUAGGCUAUGCCAUUGACAGUUGCAGACGUAUUGCAUCCUUGUUUCAGUCUUGUUCGUUUUGUUUUAGUCCUAGAUUAGACAAUUAUCUAGCUCAUGCUUUAGCUACUACGGCUUAUCAACAGUCCGUUCCUAUGUACUCGGAUUUACUCCCACCUGAUAUUAUUUCGGCCUAUUUUUAA